AUGUUUACCAUUAACGGGCACGUGAUGGGUAUAACACUCGAAGAUGUGCUAUACCUUCUACGUUUGCCCAUUAAUGGUGAGCUUGUCCUCGUGGGAGAGAAUUCCCAUUUAAGUUACAAAAAAUUUUUCGGGGAGGACUCAGAAAAGGUCAAAAUAUCCCACUUGAACCGUAUUGUCUACAAUUCUACUGAGAAUAAGGAAAAGAGGAUGAGAGCUCUGUUGCUCAUCAUUAUUUGGCAUUUUGUCAUGCCAACUAAAAAUGGUGAUGGCAUCUACCCUAGCCUUGCCUCACUCUUAGAGAACCCCUACAACACUUCUUCAAUUCAUGCUUGGGGGGCUGCUGUUCUUGCUUUCCUUUAUGGUAGAAAAAAGAAAAAUAAGGAGGGUGGCAACUUAUGGCUAGUCUUGGCUUUUUUUCUCAUCCGGAUUCCAAAAUUAUGGACGAUCCUAGGGGUUGAGAUUACAAGGGAGGAGCUCGAGGAGCUUGCUCGAGUGGAUUAUCCAUUGAAAUGGAUAAUGACUCGUUUGGAGAAAGUAUCAAAGAAUACAAGGGUCAAUUACAAGGGGGCUCUGAGGAAUGCUCUUGAAAGCCUUGAGGAUGAGGAUAUUCAUUGGAGGCCAUACAUGAUGUGGGAAUUACCCGGUGACCUCCAGUCCAAUAUCGAUUGGGUUAGACGGCUCUCCCCCGGCAGCGAAGAUCCUCCCUCCUCCAGCAGAGAAGAUCCCUCCAGCAGAAUAUCAAAAGUUGCGGAUCCUCAUGCUGCCCAUCAAGAAGCUGGUCCUGACCCUCCAGAAUCAUUUGAGCCAAUAACAGGUCUCCGUACCCCCUUGCAGCCCGAUCUCCCCUCAUCCUCCUUGCAGCCCCUCCCAGUAGUUCCAUCUCAAGACGCUUCAGGGAAAGAACUUUCCUUCCAAUAUACCCCAUCCCCCUUGCACCCUGCCCAGAAAUAG